AUGUGUAUAAAACUUGAUACAACAUCAUUAACUAUUGGAGAAAGCUUUCGACAACAUCAACUGCAUUUUCUUCUUCGUAUUCUCUACAAACAUGGUUUUGGCGAUAAAUGGAUUUCUUGGAUAAAAUGGUGUGUCACGUCUUCUCAUCUUUCAGUUCUGGUGAAUGGAGGCUCAACGGAAAGAUUCAAGCCUUCGAAGGGCCUAAGGCAAGACGACUCACUUUCUCCUUACGUUUUUCUUGUUGUGGUUGAAAUUUUGGGUAAGUUGAUGAAUGAUGUUGUUCAAAGAGGUCAGAUUACCGGGUUUAAAGUAACAGAAACUGGGAGCAUGAUUUCACAUUUACAGUUUGCGGACGAUACUCUCAUUUUUAUUGAUGCUAAUGCGGAUGAGAAAAGUACUAUGAUAAGUGUUGGUGCGGAUGAGGUUAUUGGCGAGUUAGCUAAGGAGCUUGGCUGUAAAACAGAGGUUUUGCCAAUUAAAUAUCUGGGCAUGCCUAUUGGUGCAACGUCUUCAAUUUGGGACACUGUUUUGGAAAAGAUGGCACAAAAAAUGGGUAGUGAGGAUAGGCAUUUCUGUGUCAAGGUCCUCCAGUUGGAUCUAACCCAAAGAAGAAAGGAGUAA